AUGGAGCACCAGAAUGAGCAAUACAUGUCGACACUAGAGUCUAGACCUGGUUUGGGAGAACGUCAACGGUCACUUUUGCCGCAGAGAUCUGCGAUUUCAAAGGGGAAAUACACGUUGCACGACUUUCAAAUUUUAAGAACGCUUGGAACCGGAUCCUUUGGGAGAGUGCAUUUGGUGCGUUCGGUGCAUAACGGACGGUACUAUGCGAUCAAAGUGUUGAAAAAACAGCAAGUGAUAAAAAUGAAACAAAUUGAGCACACGAACGAUGAGCGUCGGAUGCUGAAACUGGUAGACCAUCCGUUUCUGAUCCGCAUGUGGGGGACAUUCCAGGAUUCUCGAAAUUUGUUCAUGGUGAUGGACUACAUUGAAGGUGGUGAGCUUUUUUCCCUGCUUAGAAAAUCGCAGCGAUUCCCCAAUCCCGUGGCGAAAUUUUUCGCUGCAGAGGUGAUUCUCGCUUUGGAAUAUCUCCACGCACACGACAUCAUUUACCGGGACUUGAAGCCUGAAAAUAUAUUGCUGGAUCGCAAUGGACAUAUCAAAAUCACGGAUUUCGGGUUUGCCAAAGAGGUUGACACAGUGACGUGGACUUUGUGCGGUACUCCGGACUAUAUCGCACCUGAGGUUAUUGCAACCAAGCCAUACAACAAGUCUGUAGAUUGGUGGUCGCUGGGAAUUUUGAUUUUUGAAAUGUUGGCGGGUUUCACGCCAUUUUACGAUACCACACCUAUGAAAACAUACGAAAAGAUUCUACAGGGCAAAGUUACGUAUCCACCAUUCUUCCACGCAGAUGUGGUAGAUCUAUUGGUAAAAUUGAUCACCUCAGAUUUGACUCGUAGAUUGGGUAAUCUGCAAAGUGGUGCAAAGGACGUAAAAUCGCAUCCUUGGUUCAGCGAAGUUAUAUGGGAAAAGCUUUUAGCAAAAGACAUCGAAACCCCCUAUGAACCUCCAAUUACAGCUGGAGUGGGUGAUUCGUCACUUUUCGAUCAGUAUCCAGAAGAACACUUGGAUUACGGUUGCCAAGGUGAAGAUCCAUAUGCUCAAUAUUUCAUUGAAUUUUGA